GACAUUCCUUACGGACUUGUGAAAACAGAUAAAGACUUUAAUUAAAACUGUGUCGAGAAGAUUUGACUCAACUAGUGAAGAAGAUAACCAUUGAUCUUGACGGCAUUAAGCAGAGAUGGACCCAGGCCACAUCUUCAGAAUAAUCACCAACAGUACGCUGCUCGCUACGCGGCUACUGUCAACAGCAAGUGGCGGGCCUCUUGAAUUCUCGGCUCCUCGCUACUGUACUCUGAUGCCUGAGGACGCCCCCGUAGAGGCUACUGUCCUCACUGUGGCUGCCACCCACAGACACGGCCGGGCAGUACGGUACAGCAUCACUGGAGGUAACAGGGAUGGUCUCUUCACUAUAGACCAACACACAGGAGUUAUCACCUUAGCUGCCGCCCUCGACUAUGAGAUCUAUGAUAAGCACGAACUGGUGGUGGCGGCGGAGGCUGGAGGAGAGACAGUUCACGCCAUCGUACAAAUGCAGGUCGGUGACGUCAAUGACAACCCGCCCUACUUCCUGGGUCCUGACCUCACUGUCACCGUGAUUGAGGAGGAUGACCGUGACCUCCCAUUGGUGCUGGCUGAGGUGGAGGCGGAAGACAGAGACAGACGGGAUCAGCAGCGGCUCGUGUACAGUGUGGAGGGGGACGGUGUGGACGGGUACUCCCCCAGCAACGCCUUUUUCGGGAUAAACACACGUACAGGCCAGCUCCUACAACUCAGGGCCCUUGACCGUGACCCACCUGAGGGUAAGAGGGCGUGGCGGGUCAGAGUUCAGGUACGUGAUGGACAGCCACUGAAGGAGGAACCUCUCUCUACCUUCCCUCUCACUACUCUCUACCACGACUCCAGGGAAGAAAGUGAGAGACGGGUCAAGACUGAGAGGAAGACUCGGUCAUUAGAGAAAGGAAGAAGAGAAAGAAAGGUGGAGAAUGAGUCUCAGACAGCUCGUUAUAUUCCGUUUAUCUCUCAAACGUCUCUAGAGAAUAAGAAACAAAGAGAUGAUGAGAGAAAGUACCACACACAACGAUCUCGCCCCGUUUUCUCUCAGAUAACCGAGAAGGAAAGUAAAGAGAGCGAAAGGAAGGCUCAGACUCCCACCUCUCCAGCCAAAGUCUCCCGAACUUUCAGAUCAAAAGUAAAACAAAGAGCUAAGCCCGCAGCUGUUGUCUCCCACCAUCUGCCAGACACCAUCACGGGGUCAAGCUCCAACAAGGUCGACUUAAGUACUUUUACCACAAGUUCCUCUGAUAAACUGAAAAGUAUAAAUAAGCUCAUUGAAAAAUCUAUUGUAAAUGGACUCGCUACAAGUUCAACUAAUAAGGUGGAAGAUAUAAAUGAACUAUCUACAAAUUCUUCCUAUGUAUUCAAAGGUUUUCUGGGUCACUUGGACGAUGAUUCCAGUAAAGCCAAUUUGGUUGUGAAAAGCUCCGGAAGCAUCAAUCCAAGUGAGCAGCGGUUGAUGGCCUCCUAUAACUCUCAGGUGAACUCUUUGCUUGUAGAUGUGAAGCACGAACACCAGUUACCGCGUCCGGGUCUGACCACUAGAAAGAGGAGCCUCGCGGAGAGUGACAGAGCGCAUGCGUCCACUGCCCCUUCAACGUCGAGAGGAACAACAAGAAGUAAAAGAAAUACAUUGACCUACAACAACAACAGUGAAAGACCCGAUGGUGACCACAGCAUAAAGACUCCCAACAAUGUCAUCAAUUCUAGCACUUCCAACAACACUAUAGACAACAAUUCCAACAAAACUAACUUUCGUAGUGUCACAUUGAACAUCACUACAGCUCACAGCAACAUCUCCAACAUCAAUUCUAACAUCACCAACAGAGACAUUAUUUCCAACAAAACCAGUGACUUUGACAACAGUUCCAGCAACACAGACAACAUUAACAACAGUUCCAGCAACACAGACAACAUUAACAACAGUUCCAGCAACACAGACAACAUUAACAACAGUUCCAGCAACACAGACAACAUUAACAACAGUUCCAGCAACACAGACAACAUUAACAACAGCUUCAGAAAUAAUCACAACAACAAUAACGUUCAGACCAGCUUACUCCUUGACACAAAACCAAAUAUUUCCAACAAUAACAUCGACCCAGCUCAACCUUCCCACAACACAUAUCAAAACAUCACCAUCUACAACAGCCUCGUCAACAGCUUCUCCAUCAGUGUCUCCAGCAGAGCGUCCACAAAACUACCCAACAACGAGAUUUUAAAAGGUUCCUCCAGAAGAAGCAGAGCAGCGAAUGUCUCCCGCAGUGGUUCUUGGAGUCAUAGUGUUGGGGGAUGCGACGACCUACAAUCCUUCUUUUGGAGAUCUGAAGGAAGCACUGAGCGUGGGUUUGGAGGUGAUGCAAGUGGGCGUAGUGAAGGUGAUGAUGAUGAUGACGAUGACGAAGACGAUGAUGAUGAUGAUGAACGAGUACACAUGGUAGAAAUGAUGGUGACGGUGAUGGUGAAGGACAUCAACGAUAACUCUCCCGUCUUCCCCAAUGUUACCAUGUUCGGGGAGGUGCAGGAGAACGGCCCCAUAGACCUCUCCGUAGCAGUGAUCUCCGCCUGGGACGCUGACGACACCUCAGAAGGCACGAACGCCCGGCUCUCCUACUCCAUAGAGAAGAACGUAAUCGACGAACGUACCGGAGAAGCCAUCUUUGCCGUCCACCCAGAGACCGGUCUAGUGCGAACGGCUCUCUGUUGUCUUGAUCGAGAAACUACUCCCGAGUACUUUAUCCAGGUGGUCGCUUCUGACGGAGGGGGUCUCAAAGGGACGGGGACGGUGGUGGUGCGGCUGGCGGAUGUGAACGACAACUCACCACGACUGGCACGACGCGAGUGGGAGCUGGAGAUGGACGAGACGUGGGGUAGUGGACCCCCGAGCGACGACACCAUCCUGGAGGUCUCUGCAGCUGAUCCUGACACAUCUAAUUACUUCUUCUACAGGGCGAGUCCUUAA